AUGGGAGACACCGCGUGCGUGCUCGCCGAGCUCGUGCGUUGUCGCAGGGACGUCGCGCGAUGUCGUGCCGACGGCGAGCACACGAAGGCGCUCGAGCUCUUGAUUCGUCAGAGAGAUUUACUUCAACGACAAGCCGAAAGAUCGACCGCUGACGCGAAAGUGAUCGCACCGAUCGUGGAAAAGAUCGAUCGGGACAUGGUGCGGGUUCGUGGGGAGAUGCGAGGGGUGACGAACGCGGAGAACGGCGGGAAGAAGGGGGAGUUGACGAAGAUCGUUGAUUCCGAGAGCGCGCGCGGGGGAGCCGCGGAGACGCGAAGAGGGACGACGACGGCGACGACGGCGGCGACGACGACGACGGGGGCGGUAGAGGGUGAUCGACGAAGCGUAGGCGCGGUGAAGAGCGCGGUGCCGGCGGUGAAGGCGACGACGACGGCGAGAGUGGUUGAUUUCAAAGCCGUGGACGAGACCUUGGCAAAGUGCGCGAGCUGGGGACCGACUCCACCGCCGAUCGUGGAGCUAGACGAGGACGAGGACGAGCUUGGACCGGUAGAUUUAAAUCGACAGUUCGGUGGCGUGGACGCGGGGAAGGGGCUGAAGAGGCAGAAACCGUUCGAUCCGCCGGUUGUGAGGGAGAGAAAGAGUCCGUCACGAGGGAGGAAGAAGCAAAACGUGCGCGACGACGAGCCGGCUUCGAGGUGGGAAGGGGACCGCGACGCGGCGGUGAAGCCACCACCUAGCCGUUUCAUGAGCGCUGGAGAGCGAUUGGACCUGGAAAAUGCGGCGAAGGGGUUGCCACCGGCGCAUGCGCAGUAUCGCGCGGCGAAGGAGGCGAAUGGGGCGACUCGAUCAUACGGUGGUCGCGGUCGCGGUCGCGGUGGGUUCGUGCCUCCGUACGGCGGUGGCGCCGGCGGAGGUAAUGGACAACGCAUGAAACCGAAUCAGACGGGAAACGACGAUGAGGACGGGCCACCAUUCAGCGAGGCCGUGAUGCAAAAGCUAUCGCCGAACGGUGAGCCAAUAUCUGAGGACAUUCUCAAGCUUGACAGAGAAAUCGUCGAACGUGUGGUGAGUGAGAUUUUGGACAGACACGAGAGCGUGGAUUGGGAAAGCAUAGCAGGUCUCGAGCACCCCAAGGCGGCAGUACAAGAGCUCGCGGUGUGGCCCAUGAUGAACCCCGAGCUUUUUGUCGGAGCACGCGCCGUGCCAAAGGGCUUGCUUUUAUUCGGACCGCCGGGCACCGGUAAGACGUUAAUCGGUCGCGCUGUGGCAAGUCAGUGCGGUGCCACGUUCUUUUCCAUCUCGGCAUCGAGCUUGACGAGCAAGUGGAUAGGCGAGGGUGAAAAAAUGGUUCGCGCUCUGUUUGCCGUCGCUAGACAUUUAUCUCCGGCUGUGAUUUUUGUGGAUGAAAUCGAUUCCUUACUGUCCGCUCGUAAAUCUGACGGCGAGCACGAAAGCUCUCGACGGAUGAAGACGGAAUUCUUGGUACAAAUGGACGGCCUAGGAGGCGGUGAAAACGACAGACUUUUACUUAUCGGGGCAACAAACAGGCCACAAGAGCUCGAUGAUGGUGCGCGUCGACGCAUGCCAAAACAGCUCUACAUCCCUCUACCGUGCGCCGCGGCGAGACGAGACAUGAUCCUUCGCACGCUCUCAGUGGGCAAAGGCGUCGCUCAUAGCCUCACAGACGCCGAUUUGGAUAUGAUUUGCGAGAAAACCGAGGGAUAUUCUGGCUCUGACAUGAAGCAUCUCAUUCAAGAGGCUG